GCAAUCCUCCAUGCUCUUGUAAGGCAGCUUCCCAUCCGGCCCCCUCGGAGCAUUGGCCGACCACUGCGUCCGCUGCUUCAGCUGCGCCUUGGCCUCGCUGAAGAAAGCCAGCUGCCCAAAGUUGAGCGCCAUGGCACGCACCACCGUCGGAGCCGCACCGGCCCAAAGAGCACCAACGCCCUCGCUCUUCGCAAUCGAAGUGAGGGCAUCAAUCACAGACUUGUAAUUCUUCCUUUCGGCCACCGGCUUCAACCCAUCACUCUGCAUGCGGAUCAACGCCAGAUCGGCCGGGUUGCCCAGCAUGGCAGCCAGACCACCGGCCGACAAACCAGCAGUGGCACGCUCCGAAAAGCCAACCUGCUUUCCGUUCGCCUUGGCCCGGGCCGACAGGCUGCCCAUAAAGGUGUCGAAAAACCCAAUGCGGGCGGUCGUGUACACGGCCUGUCUGAGCAGACCGGCCGAGAGCCCGGUAUACAAAUCGAGCGCCUUUCCGCUGGCCAAGAUGUCGCGAGUCACCGAGAUGGGCGUCGGCUUCGGUCCACCAGCCACACCCUCGCCCGCAAGCUGGAUGCGCACCUUGAUCAUGUCGACGGGCUGAAUCACCGUCGUGGCAACCAUCCCGCUGAGGCCGCCAUUGAUAAAAGGAAGCGCCGCCCGGACGAGGGGCGUGUGGAGGAAAUCGCUGGCGGCGGGGAGGUUGUCGUUCUUCAUUGA